AUGGUAGAUUUGUCCAAAGAGAAAAAUUAAGCUAAGGUUUGAAUUAAAUAAUAAUUUUAGGUUCAUUUAGAGUGGUUUACAUUUGCCAUGAUAAAGUAACAAAAGAUUAUGUUGCUAUAAAAGUGGAAAAAGAAAAUAAAGAUUUAAUGAGUUUAGAAUGAGAAAUUUAAAUUAUAGAAGAACUUCGAGGAAUAACAAGUAUUGUUUAAUUAAAAAAACAUUAUUUUUUGGCCAAGAAUUAAUAUUCUAAAAAAUAUCUUAAAAAUAAAUAACAUAUUUAAUAAUUGAAUAUUAUUUAGUUCAUUCUAAGAAAAUAAGCCUUUUAUAGGAACUUCAAAAUAUUCGAGCAUUUCAGCUCAUAAAGGUUAUGAAUUAUUAAGAAAAGAUAAUUUAGAAAAUUUAGGAUAUGUGUUUAUAUAUUUACUUAGAGGUAAAUGUAUAAAAAUAAAUAGGGAAUCUACCAUGGUAAAAUAUAAUAUCCUAAUCACGGAUUUUUGUAAGGGAUUGCCUAAUGAAUUUAAAGUUAUUUAGAGUAUGUUUACAAAUUAAAAUUUGGAUCAACAACAAAUUAUAAACACUCGUAAUCUUUAUUUAAAAAAAUUGCAAAAUACAACAAUAUAAGUUUUGAUAGAAAAUAUGAUUGGAUGGACGAUUAAACUAGUUCUACUAAAUCUUCAGAUUAAGCUUAAUAGUCAUUUAAUGAUAUUGAUAUAUUAAAUUAAUAAAGUGACUAUCUCUAAUUUCCAGAUUUGAAAAAGAAUUAAAGAUAUAAAACUAAUUAAAUUGAUCAAACUUCUUAAUAAUCUUCAGUUAUUUUAAAUUAUAAUCCUUCGAUUAUAUCAAGAAGAAAUAUUAGAAAUUUAAAUUUUUAGAAAUCUCGACAAAAUUCAAAAUAAUCUUUUUCUAGAGAAUCAUCAAUAAUAAAAUAACCUUUGGGAUAAAAAUUAUAAGAUCAAAUAUUUGAAAACAGAGAAUUUAGAGAUUUUGAUGAUCAAGAAAAUAAAGAAAAAAUCAAUCAAAUAAAUUUUGAAUUUAAUGAUUUUGAAAAUUUUGAUGAUGAAAUAUUUGAUGAUUUACAAAUUCAUUAAGAAAUACAGAAAGUUGGAUUUAUAUAAGUUCAUUUUAAAGAACAUAUAUCAAAAUAAUGA